AUGAGCUCCCAUCGAUAUCAGCGCGUUGAUGACCGCGUUGAUGACGAUGACGACCGUUCCGUAAAUCCUGUUACAUCCGCCCCAUAUCCUAUCCCAGCUUCACCACCUCCGUCUUUCCACUCCAGAACCUCGUCGUCUUCCUCUAGGCCUCUCUUCUCUCAAGAUCCUUUACACAACGAUGCCGACCAAACCCUAGUAGAUACAUUUGGCGAUGAUGGACCAGACUCUGAUGGGGAAGGUGAGGUCGAUGAUAGACAACGGCUUAUGAGGGGCAGCCCAGGCCAGGGCAACGUAGGAACCCAAAACUCAAGCGACACCCAUGGCUCUUCUACGCGCACGACUGCUUCUAUACCUAAUUACGGUAACUCAACCUUCUCAGGCGUUCCCCGUGUGAUACGAUCCGCCGCAAAUGAUGGCGUGUUCGCAAACUUGGACGCGAAACCGGAACGGGGCGAGAAGGAAGAAGACCUACCACCAAGCUAUGAACAAGCCGCUGCGGACGCCACCCCUCCAUACUGGGAGACAACUAUCAUCGCACCUGGGAUGUCGUCAGAUGAGGUAUAUGUUGACGGCCUCCCUGUCGGUUCCGUAUUUUCGUUUGCCUGGAAUGGCAUGAUCUCCACCUCUUUCCAACUAGUUGGCUUUCUCCUCACAUAUCUUCUUCACACUACCCAUGCUGCCAAAAAUGGUAGUCGAGCUGGUCUUGGCCUCACAUUAGUGCAAUACGGAUUUUAUAUGAAGCCUGGUGGCAGUAAUUCGGAUCCCGCUUCGUCAUCCGGUGAUUCGCAAUUUGUCCCGCCAAAUCCAAAUAGUCACGACUUUGCCCCUGGGUCAAUCCCUGACAGUGGCACUUUUAAUCCGGGCGAUUCUCCGAGCGGAGGCAUCAGCACAAGCGAGUGGAUUUCCUAUAUUCUCAUGAUUGUUGGAUGGUUGAUUUUGAUCCGGUCGAUCAGCAAUUAUCUCCAGGCACGACGGCACGAGCAAUUAGUGCUACAAAGCCCCGACAGAGGCCUUCCGGUUCCAAUAAUCGCGGUUGGAGAGCGACCUGAGAACACGGUAUAG